UGAACUCUUUGGCGAAAGUCGCUCACAGUAUCUAGUGUACGUGUGUGAUCAAACCACGUUGGCAAUUUUAUUGAAAACUACUUUCUUCGAUCUUCGCUAUUACUGAAUAAUAUUGCAACUGAUAAAACUAUAUUUUUAAAUUUGUUUAUUUUAUCUUUAGACUACCUGAUUUACUAGCAGCAGAAAACGGUAACUUAAAUUAACAGUUAUAAAUUUGUUCGAAUGUGUUAAGAGUUUAGUUUUCAAUUAAAAGAAAAAAAAAUCAUAACCUGAUAUAACCAACAAAACGGACCAAAGACUCGUAAAGCUUGACAGUCAUGUAUUUAUUGGCCAGGAUGUUUCCUUUGACGUUGUUGUUGUUGCUGUGUUUUCACAAGCAAGCUUUUACCGUUGACAUCUCCGAUGAUACGCCUACACCAGAUGGUGACAUCCCCAAGAAGGUGACGGUAAAAAAGACGGAACCUCUGUGCAGCUACCCACCCUUACAUGGGAUUUCCGUCAUGGACAAUUUCCCAACUCCUGAGUAUUUCUAUGAAUGGUUCGUGCUGCCUGGACAACCUGUGUUGUUUAAAUCUGUACUGGAUAAAAUGGACUCCCCAGCCUAUAAGAAGUGGACAGAUGAUUAUUUGCGAAAAACGUACGGAUCAAGCAAGGUUACGGUGGAGAAGGGAAAAAAGGAAGUACGCAGGGUGGAUGGCGUCCGCCAACAAACCCUGGCCGAGUUUCUCAGUAGUUACCACGACCAGGACGUCUACAUGAUUCAGAACGUCAAGGACAAAAUGAAAGAUGAGAUACCUGUACCAAAAUGUUUGCUUUGCGGGGGCAUGCAGCGGCGCCUAGAGCGCCACAUCAUGUGGUUCAGUGGCGGUGGCACGCGAUCUGUCCUUCACCUCGACACCUACCACAACAUCAACUGUCUGCUCGACGGGAGGAAGCAGCUUAUAUUCAUCGACAAAAAACACCAAGAUAAAGUCGAGAGUGAGGGGUUCGUAGCAGAUCGUGGAUACAGCGAGGUGAACGUCGAUGACGUGGAUUACGACACGUUCCCCCAGUUCAAGAACAUCCCGUGGAUAAACGCUACAAUGGAAAAGGGAGAUUGCCUGUUCAUUCCUAGAAGUUGGUAUCACCAAGUGAACUCGUAUGGAAGUCGGAAUCUGGCUGUCAACAUAUGGUGGAUACAUGUCCCGUGGUUCAACACAACGGACUGUGUCAAGGCUGCUGGCAUGCCCAGACCAACAAUGUUAAGCUCGUAUCCCAGAGCCCCCUAUGAAGAACGAAUCAGGCUGUAUCUGUUUGAUCCAUUUGUCGACAUGUCUGAGGUGAACAAGCGCACAUUCCUCGAUACGUAUUUCUCCAGCGAGUCGACUCUUGGCGAUGGUGCAGUGGCUAAUGAUCCCAAAUCUGACAAAGAACAGCAACGGAUUGCACACAGAAUCGAAAAGAUGUUUGAAUUUAUGGACACUGACAAUAACAAAGUGCUGAAUUGGGAUGAGAUAAUGACGUUCAACAUCACAUCACUUCUGGUCAACUACGGGGACAUGUUUCCCUUUGAUCCAAAUGAUGUUCUGUUUGAGGACAAGCUUUUGGAAGAGGAUGUGAUUGAAGCCUAUACAGAAGAGCCGAAACCUUCGGCCAAGACUACAGUUUCUCACGAUGAAUUUUAGUACGACCGUACGGAAGACACUAAUCGGAUGUAAUUAGUAAAGCAUUGAUGCUAAUUCAGAAGAACUGAAACCAUCAGCCCAAACUCAUGAUGCAUUUUAGUAGAACUGCACUGAACACUAGUCAGAUGUAAUUAGUGAAACAUUCAUGGAUAUUCAGAAGAACUGAAACCUUUGUCCCAAACUCUUGAUGCAUUUUAGUAGAACUGUACUGAACAAAAAAAAAAGACCGUACUGAUAAUUAAUCGGAUGUAAUUAGUGAAACAUUCAUGGGUGUUAAAAAGAGCUAACAAACUACAAUGACUCAUGAUGAAUUUUAGUAGAACCACAGGCUCGUAGAAACUGGGGGCCAGGGGGGAUGUGCACCCCACUUGUGAGUGACCAUACAGAAGACACUAAUCGGAUGUAAUUCGUAAAACAUUCAUGGUAAUUCAAGGAUUAAUCUGAAGUAUUAAACAUUUUUAAUUGGCCACGGAGUCAAAAUGGCAGAAGAUCUACAAACAGCAUGCAAUUUUCAAAGUAGUUUUUUGGUAGUUAAGUAACUUCUAAGUUCAAUAUUUGGCAAAAGACCGUACAAACCCAAGGUAAUGUUAAUGAUGACAGUCUAUAACAACACUAGCAUGACACAGUAUUGGAAAAUCCCUAGACUUGAGUGCUCUUUAAAUACUAAAGCUAACAGCUUGAACUUCUGGGCGUAUUUGAGGCAUGACUUAGCGCAGUGGUAAAGUCGGUGGGCGCAUUGGGCUACUUCUCAUUCCAGCCAGUUCACCGCGACUGGUAUAUCAAAGGCUGUGGUAUGUGCUAUCCUGUCUGGGAUGGUGCAUAUAAAAAAUGCC